AAGUGAGGAACAGAGCGAAUUUCAUUCCAUCACACACUUUUGCCAGAACCUCGGGACUCAAACUCACUCAAAAAUCCGACUAAAACAUCUGAAAUUUCCGUUGAGACACUUCAGCCAAGACUAGCUUCCAUUCUCGACGAUGCCAUCUCUUGAAGGUCUCACUGAGGGGCAGCCAACCCUGGACGCCAUCAACAAUGCAACUGCCCAAGAGACCGAGGAACUCACUUUUCCGCCAGUCACGAAGGAGCAUAUCUUGAACUGCUCAUACGAUAGUUGGUUCACAAAGUACCGGACUGUGUCAAUCAGAUCUAGGAUCAUCAAGCUAUCACCUGACUUUGUCCAAUACAUACGCGACGACGGCAUCAUUCUCGCCGACGACGAUGAGCCGCAGGAGGACGAAGCAGAGGAGGAGUGGUCUGCUUCCUCGAAUACAGCAGGUGCACCGCGACGAAACCAACAUCUCGAAGAAGAUGACUCCGACGACGAGCCUGAAGCUGAUUGCCGGCCGCCCAACGAGCGAUUCCCUGAAAUCCACCAUGAGAUCAAGGAGAGGAUCAAGGAGCUGGGUGGUGCCGUUGCGCCAAAGCUGAACUGGUCCGCACCGAAAGAUGCGGCCUGGAUUUCACCGCAUCAGAAUACGCUGAAAUGCACGACGCCUAACGACAUUUACCUCUUGCUCAAGAGCUCUAGCUUCGUCAGUCAUGACCUGGAGCACGCCUUUGAGGAUACCGUUCCCUCCUCCUCCAACAGGCCUUUCCAACCAGUUUUGGUCUUGAGACCCUUCUUCUCGCCAAACCCGGCCCUCGAGUUCCGGUGCUUCGUCAAACACCGCACUCUGAUUGGUCUUUGCCAGCGUGACUGGAACUACUACCCCUUCCUCGAUGGCUUACGGCCCGCCUUGGUAUCCAAGAUCACCGAUUUCUUCGAAGACCGUCUGCGCUUCACCUUCCCAGACGGCUCCUUCACUUUUGACGUCUACGUCCCUGGUGACAGCGACUCACGCGAUGAGCUUGGCAAGGUGCGCCUUAUCGAUAUUAACCCUUGGGCGCCUCGGACAGAUAGUCUGCUCUACAGCUGGGUGGAGUUGCUGGAGUUCAAGGUCCCGGGGCCUAUCCUAGGCUCAGUCAUCAACAAGGAAGAGGUCGUUCGGAUAGGCCCAGGUGUCAAGGAGGAAGAGCAUUUUGAAGGCAGUGGUGUUGAAGAAACGACAGACGAUGAAGACGUUGAUGAACUGGUGCCUGAGUUGAGGUUGGUGGAGAAAGAUAACCCGGCCGCCUUCAACUUCAGCACACCGCAGUACUCGGCGCACAAGCUUCCCAAGGAGGUCGUUGAGGCCAGUAUGUCAGGCGACGGUGGUUUGAGGGAGUUCGCUCAGAGGUGGAAGGAGAUGACGGAGGCCGAGGGUGGAGGCGAUGUCUGGGAGAACCCUCCCACAGCUGAGUCGUGAGGUUCAUCGUGUCGAGGUGAAUGACUGGAAGAUCAUGCUGAGAAUGACCGGACCUGCGGUUAGAUCAAGAUUCAAAAAGCUUUUCCAAACCAGAAGAUUUAUAGAUGGUCAAGGUUGGCUCUCCUCGUUGCUGCGCAUGUUUCUUAUUUCCUGGCCCCUCCUAGGUAGGUAGGUACUUGAAAGGUUCUUCCCUUACGUUCCAAGGGAUGUCUUGGCUCAGCCAAGGUAAGCGUGAGAGAUGUAGGUAAUGCAGGGAAACCAGCACUGCCAAAGCAGUAUAGAGAAAGACUCUUUGCCCGACAUCUCCAGUCUUUGACAUGAGAACGUCGACUGUCACAUGAAAGUCAUGAUCAUCAAGGUGAAGUAAGU